GGAUCAUCUCUCUUACAUAUUCUCAAUCAGACUGGCAGCCCCAGUAACUGACAAUCGCAGAAUGGCUUCUGAAGAGGUGAAUGUGGUGGCCAUCAUGUACCCUAAGCCCGGCAAGCAUGACGAACUCUCAAGUCAUAUCUCGGAACUCACCCGUCAAGUACAUGCUACCGAGCCCGAUACGUUAGUUUACUACGCCUUCUCUAUAAAAGAUGGAAAUGAAAUAAUGGUCGUGGAAAGGUACAGAGACCAGGAUGCGCUCCACAUGCAUCUGCUCAGUCCACAUUUCCAGGAAUUCGGUAGCAAAGCGGCUGGGCUUAUGGAGCGGCCGUACGAUGUGAAGGUUGGGCAUGGGAUUCUUCCUUCCUCGGUUGGCGUUACUCGUGUUCAGUCAUAAUCUUUCACAGUUUUUCUUUUUUUCUUUUUUCCCUCUUUUUUUUUUUUU